AUUGUGAAGUGUGAAGGUGAAGCAUAUAACCACUACUGAAGUUGCAAAUGCACACUGUGUUGUGGCACUGUGGCGAUCUUUAUCAAUUUUUGUAUUAAUCUAACAAUCUUUGUUUAGUGCAUCUUUUAUUUUUUAUUUGAUACAUUCCCAACAUGUCUGGCCGUGAAGGUGGUAAGAAGAAGCCGCUGAAGGCGCCCAAGAAGGAGUCCAAAGAGAUGGACGAGGAUGACCUAGCCCACAAGGCCAAGCUUAAGGAGCAGCAGAAGGCUCUGGCAGAUGCGAAAGCAAAGGCAACCCAAAAAGGUCCCCUCGCACAAGGUGGAAUAAAGAAAUCUGGCAAAAAGUGACACGACUCUAUGAUGAACUACUGUUUAAGUUAUAGGCUGUAAUAAAUCCUUAUGUAAGAACUAUUAAAGAUCUUCCAUAUAUCAUCAAUUGAAAAUGUAUGCAUUUAAAACCUUCUUUUGCUACAUUAUUUUUGAGGUUAUGUUAUUUUGUUAUUACGGGUUUCACUAUUUUUCUUUUUGUGCAUCUUGUCUGGCUGUAUACUGUUUUCACACAUUGAUAUUUACUUAAAAGUAUUUUUUUCUUGUGUAUACACAAUAGGCAGUUUACAUUGUAUAACUAUAAAGCCCCCUCCACACUCGUGCGCGAAUCGCGGCGCGAAGCCGCAAACGCGAGUAUGGAGUCUAGUUCGCCUAAUCAGCGAAAUCGACUCCACACUCGCGUUCGCGGCUUCGCGCUCGAGUGUGGAUCAGCUUAACAUUUUUUAUAAUUAAAAAUUAACACUGCCCCAACAUGGUUGUAAAUGGUAAUUUCCUCAUAUAAGUGUCACGUUUGCAUUUAAAACGUAAUAAUAAACUUGUGAAUACC